CGUGUAGCUUACAUUUCUUUGACAUUUCCGCAGAAUUGAAUUAUAGACCUAAUAAUUUUCCGCGCCUAUUUUACUAAGUAUAGGUAUUAAUCCAAUAAUUUGUAAUAAUGACCAAGUGGAGUAAACAUGCUACUGAAAAGAAGCCCGAACAGAUUUUGUUCUCUAAGAACACUUAUCAGCCGCCUAGGGUCAAAGUAGCGCACUGGGACUUUGCCUUGAAUGCCGAGAAGAAGGAUAACUACGUGUAUCGGGAUCAAUUAAGCAACCAUUUGAGUACAUACAACCGAUGGGGUACGCAGGAUAUUGGUACAGGGAUGACGGAAACAAGGCACAUGCUCGCCCAAGUUUUUAAUAGAGCCGAUCCCGUGUAUCCGUUUAAACCGCUGGUUAAUUUCACGUCUUACCCUUGCACAGAUACUCCAAGCAGGAACAGACUAAUGAAGAAAGCUAACCUAGCUCAGCUCCCACCAGAUUUCGGUGUUAUGGAUUACAUGACGACACAGCAAGACGAUUACAGGAACCCGGUUCCGUCCGUACUCAAACCGCUGACAAUGCCCACACCUCCAUGGUUGCUGAACCGCGUGAUCCGCUCGGACCUGACACACAACCACGGCACCGCGCCGCCGCGCGGGAACUACCAGUGUCUCGACACCCACACCCCCAUUGGCCACAUCCGCCAGCUAAGACUGUUCCGAUACCAGUCCUUUGAUCCUGCCACUUGCCUCCAGGACUUCCCAACGCUUAAAACGAGCUUAGAUAAAAAUGACAACACAAAUGUUUAAUUCAAACCACUUUAUGUCAAGAAAAAAUAAUAGAACAUGCAUAAUGAAAUUAAUUAAACACAACAAAAAAAAAACUUAAAUCCAACAAAGUAUUAACUUAACAUAAUGUAGGUAUGUGUUUGUUUAUAAUACAUUUUAACAGUGUCGUUUUAUCAACAAAACUUUGCUAGGAUUAAUAAUCUACAUAUUUAAAUGCUUUGUUUCGAGUCUAUUUUAGCAACAUCAUAAUUAUUAACUAUUUAAAUCACUAUAAGCUUUAUCAUUGACAAAUUAAUAAAUGUAGAAAGCAAUUAAUGCAUUCAAAAUUAUAUAA